AGGCACAUUCAUGUUUUUGUAUUCUUAGCAGAAUCUUGUUUCCCUGCAAAUCAAAUCAACCGGUUAGAGAAGAACCAUAAAAUUUGUGAAGCUAUCACUAAAAAAUUCGCCGACUAUGUUCGUCGAGCGGAGGAGAUCGGGACUGUCCCUGAUGAAGGAGGUCCCGGCCCUAAUUCUAAUGGGGAUGCUGCUGUUGCGAGGAGGCCGAGGACUAAGCCUGGAGAUGGCGAGGAUGGGGAUGAUCCGGAAGAAAAGUUGAGAGCUGGAUUGAAUUCGGCGAUUGAGAGGGAAAAGCCUGAUGUGAAGUGGAGUGAGGUGGCUGGGAUUGAGAGUGCUAAACGGGCUUUGCAAGAAGCUGUUAUCUCGCCUGUGAAGUUCCCUCGGCUUUUUACAGGUCGGUAUUUUGCGUUCUUGCUGACUUGGGUUUGACGAGUGGUGCUUGAUAUCGGGAACUUGUGUCUGUGAGGUGUUUUAGGAGGAAACAUUUAUAUUAUGCGAGUUGUUUUGUGAAUUGGUUUGGAUUGCUAACCAGAGAUUAGUUUGUGAUUUGCAUGAUAAACGGGGACAGGGUUCAUUCUGGGCUACGUGGGAGUGCGUUGGUGCGGUUAUUAACUGGCUAAUUGAC